AGUUGAGUAUCUGAGCAAGUAUCAGUAUCAUCACUAAACAUGAACGGAUACAUGGUAUCAUUCUUUGCGAUAGUCGCAGUGGCAAGUGCUGGACUACUUCCAAACGAUCCUGUUCCAAUUCUAUCUCAGGACCUUGACGUUGGUUUUGACGGUACAUUCCGCAAUGCUUAUGAGACAGCCAAUGGAAUCAGUGUGCAAGAGCAGGGAUACCAUCAGCCUGGACAAACACCUGAGGAGGGUAACAACGUGGUGCAAGGAUCUGCUCAGUGGACUGCACCUGAUGGUACUCCAGUUUCCAUCAGUUGGGUCGCUGAUGCUAAUGGUGCUGAAUUUCAAGGAUCUCAUCUCCCAGUUGCACCAACUCCACCCCCAAUUCCACCAGCAAUUCAGAGAGCACUCGAUUACAUCGCAUCUCAUCCCGAGGAGAAUGAAGGACAGGUUCGACCAGUAGGCCGCAGAUUCUAAGACAAUCAACAGUGAUACUACAAAUGAGCUUAAUUAUCUUGUUAUUUAGUAGACUAUUGUAGAAACUCUUGUUUCCUACUGCCAUUCAAAUAAAUUACCUCAGUGUCAUUUUAAUCGA